AUGGCUAACCCCAACUACGAACUGCAGCUCACCCACCUCCUCCAGCCAGGCGUGAGUGAGCCGCUGGAUCCGCGGAGGUCCUUCAGUAUCACUGGACUCGAGGGCUGCUAUCUCAAUGGCGAUCUCAGGCUCUACGAAUGUGUUAUCACUGACCUUUGGCUCUACAAAAGGGCCAACCUGUCGAAUCACGAGUACAUCGUGCUCAAGGUCAGGUACAAUGCCAGGGACAUUGGUUUCCUGCGGGUAGAACGCACCAUCGACCGUUCGGAGGCGAACGGGUCUUCUUGGACCAUCUCCACCAUCUCCAGCACCUCCAGCACUGCGUCCGCGUCUUCGAGCUUCGCUAUCCCCGCUAAAGACAUCAUCACCCUCUGCACCACAGAGAACAGGAACCUCUUGAUAGUUGACGAAGAACAGAUCGCGCAUGCAACCCUGGAUCCUCCUCCUACCCUCGCCGCCGUCGUGGCUGCGUGCUUGGUAGUGAACCGGGAGAAGCCGUUCUAUGAACUGCUUACAGGCCAAUGCUAUUGGUUCGCAGGUGUGGUCAUCCGGCUUAUCUGUGAUGACCACACGAAUAUGCAGCCAGUACCCUCUGCCACCCGGAAGGAGGGCGAAUGGCGGAACUUCCUCGGCGUCAUGUCAGAUGCGAGGAUGAACGAGAAAGCCAAAAAGCUCAGAUCUGGAUACAGAGCGACAUUAACGACGCUCCGUGACCAAGCAACUAGUAGAGCACGGGUGCCACAGGAGGCUGAGAGGAAGGUAGAAGAGGCAGACAGGAGGGCGGAGGAGGAAAGGAGGCAAAGGGAGGAGGCGGAGAGGCAAAGGGAGGAGGCGGAGAGGCAAAGGGAGGAGGAAAGGAGGCAAAGGGAGGAGGCGGAGAGGAGGGCGGAGGAGGCAGAGAGGAAGGCAGAGGACUUCCAACGCAUGUACAAGGAUCUUCUCGCGUCCGGGUCAUCAACGGCCGCAGCCCUCGCAGCCGCGGCCACGACCACUCGUCAAGCGUGA